UCGCGAGAAGUCCGGGAGGCGGCAGUGAUGGCGGCGGCGGGAACCGGCCCCGGGUCGGGAGCGGGUGCCGGACCGGGCCCGACAGCGGCCUCAAAUGCAGCCGCAGCGGAAGAGGGAGAGACGAAACCGGUGGCGGCGGUAGCAGCUGCUCCAGCCGGAGAGGGGACGUCUGCUGCUCCAGCAGCGGAGCCCAGUUCUGGAGAGGCCGAUAGUGGGGAUGCAAACUUGGUUGAUGUAAGUGGAGGUUUGGAGACAGAAUCCUCGAAUGGGAAAGAUACACUAGAAGGUGCUGGGGAUACUUCAGAAGCGAUGGACACCCAGGCAGGCUCUGUGGAUGAAGAGAAUGGCCGGCAGUUGGGAGAGGUGGAGCUGCAGUGCGGAAUAUGUACAAAGUGGUUCACAGCAGACACCUUUGGCAUAGAUACCUCAUCGUGUUUACCUUUCAUGACCAACUACAGCUUUCACUGUAAUGUGUGCCAUCAUAGUGGAAAUACCUAUUUCCUUCGGAAGCAAGCAAACUUGAAGGAAAUGUGCCUCAGUGCUUUGGCCAACCUGACAUGGCAGUCCCGAACACAGGAUGAACACCCGAAAACCAUGUUCUCCAAAGAUAAGGAUAUUAUACCAUUUAUUGAUAAAUACUGGGAGUGCAUGACGACCAGACAGAGACCUGGGAAAAUGACGUGGCCAAAUAACAUUGUUAAAACGAUGAGUAAAGAAAGAGAUGUAUUCUUGGUAAAGGAACACCCUGAUCCCGGGAGUAAAGACCCAGAAGAAGAUUACCCCAAAUUUGGACUUUUGGAUCAGGAUCUUAGUAACAUUGGUCCUGCUUAUGACAACCAAAAACAGAGCGGUGCUGUGUCUACCAGUGGGAAUCUAAAUGGAGGAAUUGCAGCAGGAAGCAGUGGAAAAGGAAGAGGAGCUAAGCGCAAGCAGCAGGACGGAGGGACCACUGGGACCACCAAGAAGGCCCGGAGUGACCCUCUGUUUUCUGCUCAGCGCCUCCCCCCUCAUGGCUACCCCUUGGAACACCCGUUUAACAAAGACGGCUAUCGGUAUAUUCUAGCCGAGCCUGAUCCCCACGCCCCUGACCCUGAGAAGCUUGAACUUGACUGCUGGGCAGGAAAACCUAUUCCUGGAGACCUCUACAGAGCCUGCUUAUAUGAACGGGUUUUGUUAGCCCUCCAUGAUCGAGCUCCCCAGCUGAAGAUCUCAGAUGACCGACUGACUGUGGUUGGAGAGAAGGGCUACUCUAUGGUGCGGGCUUCUCAUGGCGUACGGAAAGGUGCCUGGUACUUUGAAAUCACUGUGGAUGAGAUGCCCCCAGACACUGCUGCGAGACUGGGUUGGUCCCAGCCCUUAGGUAACCUUCAAGCUCCCUUGGGUUAUGAUAAAUUUAGCUAUUCUUGGCGGAGCAAAAAGGGAACCAAAUUCCACCAGUCCAUUGGCAAACACUACUCUUCUGGCUAUGGACAGGGGGAUGUCCUGGGAUUUUAUAUCAAUCUUCCUGAAGACACAGAGACAGCCAAGUCACUGCCUGAUACUUACAAAGAUAAGGCUUUGAUAAAGUUCAAAAGUUAUUUGUAUUUUGAAGAAAAAGACUUUGUGGAUAAGGCAGAGAAGAGCCUAAAGCAGACUCCCCAUAGUGAGGUUUCCAUUAACUUUGGACCGUGCUUCAAGUGUCCUCCAAAGGAUCUCUCUUACCGCCCUAUGAGUGACAUGGGCUGGGGCGCCGUGGUAGAGCAUACUCUGGCCGAUGUCUUAUAUCAUGUGGAAACAGAAGUGGAUGGGAGGAGGAGCCCCCCGUGGGAACCCUGAGCAGGUUCCUCUUUUCUUUUCAGACAUGGACUUUCUGGAGAAUAAUCCUGGGUGUAUUCUUUUUUAUUUUUGUUUUUUUAACUGCUUGAAGUGUUCUUCCUAAAAUGGUGCAGAACACAGCCUCUCCUUUUUGCAAGAUAAAAGUCCAGGAUGGGAACCAAGCAACACUCCCUGCCCUUUUCAUAUUCUUCCUUCACGUUCAGUGAAUGCUCUCACAUCGUAUACCAUAUGCCAGCCUCUGCUGGCCCCAUGAUCCUGUAAGUUCCCUGUGAAAUUGGUGCUGUAACCACAUACCCCACCAGCUGGGAUUUGUUACCUUACCAUGUUUUCUAAGGAGUGAAUAAUCGUGUCCCAGUAGCUAACUUAUUUAAAGAUAAUGCCUUCUGUGGGUAUUGACUCCAUCCCAUCUGAUUUCCAAGGAAGUGGUUGGCUUAUUUCUGAGAACAGCUGACAUCAACAGCUGUACAUUCCAAACCAAUCUAAAAGUUGUUUCCUUUUGGUACAGGUUUAUUUUUGUUAUUAAUUUUGAAAUACACUUUUGAACACUGAUAUCUCUGAAACUACUAGGCCUCUAGAGCUAAAAUUGUGACAGGAACUUGCUUGCAGCUUUAACAAAGGUAGAAGCUCUUCCCAAAUAAAACUUGUUUCAAGUUUGUGUGGCACUUUGGUUCCCUCAGGUUGGGGUGCUCUUGGUGACAGUGUCAGAGUGGGGGCAGUAUGAGGAAGGGGAUCUCAGCUCCUCUCUUGUUGCUUCUAUCCUAGCCAGCCAGUCAACCACCCCUUUCAUCCUGGGGAAAUUGGACUCUGAAGGAGGUGAACAAGAGUUUAAAGAGCUGAUGGUUUCUCUCCUUCUCUUGUCUUUGAACAUGGGUGUUGAUCUGUGCAGAUAGUUUCCAUGCCUUGUUUAUUUUCCUUUGCAGUUCUAAAAAUUGGAAUGUGAGGGUGACCCUUCCCUUGGGAUCCCUUUAUGGCUUUCCUGCCUCCCUUUUUAUGUAAAAACAACACAUCAGUCUUGUGGCAAAUGCAGCCCUCGUAGGAUUGUCCGAAAGACGCUUGCAUAUAACUUUCUAAUAGGUACAGAGGUUUGCCACAGAAUCACCAUACAUUACGUCUGUGGCUCCUUUAAAUAAUUUUCUUGUCAUUUCCUGUUUAAGAAAUUACCCAAAUUUCAAGUGACUGUUGGUAUCUUGACACAUUAGCUUUAACUAGUAUAUUUUUCUCCAGAUGAAUUCCCUAGACCCUUCAUUUAGUCCAUUAUUCCAUAUCUCUUAACAGGAAACCUGACAUAGAACCAGUAUGUUCACAAGCUGGAGUCUCAGCUUGUCACCCCUAGAUACCUAUUAAUUCUUGGGCUGGUCUUAAAGACGGAUCUGGUUAUAGAAACUUCUGGAUCUUGAGAGUUUGAAGGACUACAAGAAAAUGAGGGUGAUGUUAUUUAGAGGAAGAGAGAGGUAAAUUCUUUGUAGUAUAAAUUACUACUUAAAAGUUACACACCUACUCUCCACCUAAAUUGUAAAUUAGAUUUUUGUAUAUUUAGUUUUCAUAAAUCAGAAGUUAUAGAAAUAGUGAUUUUCCUGGCUUAUACAUCAUAUUAUAUAUAUAUAUUGUUUUUUCAAUAU